AUGUCUGAAUUCUUUUGGGAUGUACAAAAAAUACAAGAGAUUUCUAAUGUCGAAGAACAUUCUGUGGUUAAGUGUGUUACUGUGAAUACGAGCAGGUUAAUUUCGCAGCUUAACGAGGAGCUACAAGACGAAGAAAGUGGCGUCAAUUUUAUUGUUACACAGCUGCAAUUACUGAUAAAUAAUGUCUAUGAGAAAAUACAGAAAAGCCCUGGAGUUCCCGCACAUCGUUCUCUGAUGAUAAAUUUGAAUUUCACGCGCUUGAAAUUCUCAAUAGCUUAUUGGGAUAUCUUAUUGGAGAGGUCACUAGAUCUAAUAAAUGGACCAUCGAAAACGGGUGCCCGCUACUUUAUUACAGAGGUUACACCAGUAGACAGAAGUCGAUAUGUUGAAAACAAUCAAUAUUUUCUAGCUUUUAAAGCUAACCAGCGUUUGACACGGAACAGCGUGGAUAUGGACGAGUUUAUUGAUUUUGAAAUUCUAAUCAAGCAAAUAAUUUUCGACCUCUUCAAAAAAAACGGAAUUCCAGAUCAAGAUUUUGAAGCCAUUUUAUCAAGGUUUCAUAAUUUGGAAAGCUUGGUGGUUGCUUUUAAUGAAUAA